AUGACAAAUACUGAAUCACAACUUUAUAGUCGUCAGAUUUAUACAUUCGGCGAAGAUGCGAUGAAAGCCAUGUCAUCGACAUCUGUCCUCAUUUCAGGCAUGAACGGUCUUGGUGUCGAAAUUGCAAAAAAUAUUAUCUUAAUGGGAGAGAAAUCAGUGACAAUUCAUGACACCAAAGCAACUACAAUGUCUGACCUUUCAUCCCAAUUUUACUUAAAUGAAUCAGAUAUUGGUAAAAACCGUGCAGAAGCUUGUUACCAAAAAUUAGUUGAAUUAAAUGAAUUUGUUAAAGUAAAUAUUGCAACAUGUGAACUCACAAAUGAAUUUCUCGGCAAAUUCAAUAUUGUUGUUUUAGCAGAUUUUUAUCCAUAUUCAAAACUUCUCGAAAUGUCAGAUUUCUGUCAUGCAAACCACAUCAAAUUCAUUUUAACGCAAUGUUCUGGCUUAUUUGGCUUCGUAUUUAAUGACUUUGGUGAGAAACAUUUCGUUACAAAAGGAGAUGACUAUAAACCGAAGCCAGUUUUGAUUUUCGACAUUAAUAAUGAAGAAAACGGAUGCGUUAGUACUUAUAAUAAUGCAAACCACUUCCUUUCUGAAGGAGAUGUAGUCAAAUUUGAAGAUAUCGAAGGAAUGACUGAAAUAAAUGGCAAAGAAUUCAAGGUUACAAGUGUUAUAGACUAUAGUAAAUUCACUAUUGGUGAUACAACUAAAUUUAGCGAGUUUUUACAUGAAGGAAAAGGAAUUUUCACAAAAGUCAAACAACCAUUCACAAUGGACUUCCCAUCGUUACAAGAAAGCUUCAAAGGACCAAUUAUUCUUGAUUCUGAUUAUGCAAAUCCAGGACAAAACGUUGAAAUAAUUUCAUGUUUCUUAUCAAUGUCAAAAUACAAUGAAAUGUAUCCAAAUGAAGAAGUAGAUAAAGAGAAGUUUACUAAUAUCGCUCAAAAAGUCUGCAAAGAGUUGAAUUUCUGCGAUGAAAUUUCAAAUCUUGUUUUGGACCACUUUUUGAGAGGUUACGGACUUCACCUCAGUCCUAUUUGUGCCAUUUUUGGCGGUAUCGUUGGCCAGGAAGUGAUAAAAUUCGUAACUCACAUGUUUACACCGAUUUUAUCGUAUUUAGCUCUUGGAAACAUCGAAGCCACCCUUUCCAAUGUUGUUUACGAACCUGUUGGUGAUAGAUACGACGCUUAUCGCAAAGUUUUCGGAAACAAUUUGCAAAAUAAAAUUAUGAAUCUGAAAUAUUUCAUGAUCGGAGCCGGAGCUCUUGGCUGCGAGUUGCUUAAGAACUUUGCGAUGAUGGGAUGCUUCACAGGAGAGAAAGGAAACCUUACAAUUACAGAUAUGGACGCAAUUGAAGUUUCUAACCUCAGCAGACAGUUCCUCUUCCACAAGAAUGACAUCGGUCAGCUGAAGAGUGUAGUUGCUGCACAGUCUGUAAAGAAGAUGAACCCAGAUAUCAAAAUAACUUCUCAUUCGAACUUAUUCAACGAAGAAACGAGAGUUAUCUACAACGACGACUUCUAUGAAAGCCUUGAUGGUGUAUGUAAUGCAUUGGAUAACAUCCCAACGCGUAGAAAAUCGGAUGAUUUAUGCGUAUUUUACAACAAACCUUUGCUUGAGUCAGGAACUCAAGGAACACGAUGCAAUUAUCAAGCAAUUGUUCCAGGAGUCACCCAAUCGUACAAUGACAAGAAUGAUCCAGAAGAUGAAGGAAUUCCUGAGUGUACUUUGCACAGAUUUCCAUCAGAUAUCAAUCAUUGCGCGGAAUGGUCGAGAGAAUUGUUCUUAACAACAUUCGACCAGAUGCCAACAAUGAUAAACAAGUUCAUUUCUGAUCCAAAUUCCUUCAUAAAUGAAAACAAAAAAGAUUCGGCAAAUAUAAAUCAAGUUCUCAAAAUUUUGUCAAAACCGCCGGUGAACUUCCCCGAUUGUCUCAAAAUUUCAAUGAGAAGAUUUUACAAAUAUUUUGUUUGGAGAAUUGAAGAUAUUUUAGAAGCAUUGCCACCUGAUCAUAAAGAUGAAGAAGGACACAAAUUUUGGACUGGUUCAAAGAGAUGUCCACAUCCAAUUGAGUUCGAUAUCAACUCAGAACUGCACCGUACGUUCGUUAUUUCGUUCGCGAAGAUCUGGGCAAGGAUGUUUUCGAUAGAAGUCAAAGAAAACGAAAAUGAAAUCCAAAAUCUUCUCAAAAACAUCGAGAAACCGGACAAAAACGACAAGAUUAAGCUUGAUUAUGAUAUCAACGACAUCGAUUUCUUCGUAAAUUUGGCUAAAAACAGCAAAUUGUUAAACAUCGAACAAUUUGAGAAAGAUGAUGACUCAAACAGCCAAAUAGACCUCAUGUACUCUUCAUCCAACAUCAGAGCCAGCAAUUACAAGAUCAACAACGUCUCAAAGUUGGAAAUUAAAAGAAUUGUUGGCAAAAUCAUUCCAAGUCUUGCGACAACAACAGCAAUGAUCUGUGGAUUUGUUGCUCUUGAGAUGUAUAAGAUACAUUCUAUCGAUGAAAGGCUGAAUUUGGAAGGAUACACGUUUAAUGAGUUAGAAGAAACAAAUAAACAGCCGAAGAAGAUGUUGUAUGAAGUUUUCAGAGAUAGUUCAUUCGAUAUCUCAUUCAGUGACUACAUAAUUGGAUAUCCAGCAGAAGCAGAUAUAUAUAAAUCAAAGAAUGAGAAGAAAUUCACGAAAUGGACUCGUGUUUUGUUUGAUGAUUUAGCUGUUAAGGAAUUUAUUAAUAAAGUCAAAGAACUUUAUGGAUUUGAAGUAACAAAACUAAUUUAUCUUGAUAAGGUAUUGUAUUAUAUACCAAGACAAAAAGCUGCUGCUUCUUCAAAACAAGAAAUGGAAAAAAGAUCAGAAAUGAAAAUUUCUGAUCUUGUGAAAUAUGUCGGAGAAAAUUCUAAAGAUAAAUUUGAGUUACACCCUACAAAGAAGUACUUGGAUAUCAAAGUAAUUGUCAAAGAUUAUGAAAAUACACUCCCAAUAUUUGUAGUUAAGAUCAAAUAA